UGUCCAGUUUCACUGGUUGACUUUUACCUGUGAGGUAGACCAGUUUCGCUUCGCCGGUGGCAUUAAGCAACAACAACCACCGGGGUCCGGUCCAGAGGUGGUAAGGCUUUCCUCCUCCCUCCCCAGCCCCGUGUGACUCCCAUUGCGGAGCGUCGGACGGGAUUUCUCCGGGAAUUCAGAGUCGGUGCGCAACAGCGAGCGAAGCAGGAGGCAGGUGCACGGGAGAGGACAGGACAGGGGGAGGAGGAGGGCUGCUUGUAUUUCCGUGAGGGAGUCCUGUCGUUCACACCGGGCCCAAUGAUUGGAAAUCAACUGGUUGGCGCCUCGGUGGUCGAUGUGUGUUAGUUUCAUUAGUAUGCGGCUGGAGUCCCCCCGCUGCUGCCGACAUUCAGCCUGAGGACUGAUCGGCAGCCCUGAAGUCUCCCCCGUGCCUGCUAAGUGACUCCUCGCCCCGGGGAGGACGAGGAGGAGGAGAAGGAGGAGGAGGCGGCGGCAGCAGAAGCAGGACCCCGGCUGCUGCUGUGUGGAACAGUUUUCACGGACACAGCACGGACCUCCUCACCUUGUGGAUCAGGAAGAUGAUGGGCUUUCUGCGCCGGACGUUCAGCCGCCGGUCCCGGAGCCGCUUCCAGACGAGAGAGAGGGACGAGCGGGACGGUAAAGGAGGAGGAGGAGGAGGGGGAGGAGGAGGGGCAGGAGGGGUGACUGGGAACCCCCUGCUCCUGGCACAUCAGCAGCAGGUCGUACACGCGCCCGCCGUGGUCACCGGGGGAGCGGCGGUCCACAUCCCGGCGGCCGGGACGGCGAGGACCACCAUCACCUGCCGUGUCCUGCUGCUGGACGGCUCCGAUGUCAAUGUGGAUUUGCCUAGUAAAUCCAAAGGCCAGGACCUUUUUGACCAGAUCAUGUACCACAUAGAUCUGGUGGAGUCGGACUACUUUGGAUUGCAGUUCAUGGACACAGAACAAGUCUCGCACUGGCUGGAUAUGACCAAGCUUAUAAAGAAACAGAUCAGAGACGGGCCUCCUUACAGACUGUUCUUCAGGGUGAAGUUUUACUCUUCGGAGCCAAAUAACCUGCGUGAGGAAUUUACAAGGUAUCUGUUCGUGUUGCAGCUUCGACAAGAUAUUCUGUCUGGCAAAUUGAAAUGUCCGUACGAUGUCUCAGUAGAGCUGGCGGCAUAUUGUUUACAAAGUGAGCUGGGAGACUGUGAUCCCUUGGAGCACUCUCCUGAGCUGGUGUCCGAGUUUCGUUUCACUCCCAAACAGAGCGAGACCAUGGAGGCGGACAUCUUCAGCAGGUGGCUGGAUCUCAGGGGAAAGAGUCCGUCUCAAGCAGAGAUUUCUUUUCUCAACAAAUGCAAGUGGCUGGAACUUUAUGGAGUAGAUAUGCACUUUGUCAAGGGCAGAGAUGGAGGGGAAUACGCACUAGGUCUCACUCCAACUGGUAUUUUAGUAUUUGAAGGCUCCAACAAAAUCGGCCUCUUCUUUUGGCCCAAAAUCACUCGUCUGGACUUUAAAAAGAGUCGACUCACGUUGGUCGUGGUGGAGGAUGACGAUCAGGGUCGCGAGCAGGAGCACACAUUUAUGUUCCAGCUGGCCAGCUCCAAGAGCUGCAAACACCUGUGGAAGUGUGCGGUUGAGAGCCAUGCCUUCUUCCGCCUGCGCCAGCCAACCACAGGCAAGGCCAGCCGCAGCGACUUCACACGACUCGGGUCGCGCUUCAGAUUCAGCGGUAAGACAGAGUAUCAGGCCACUCACGGAGGCAGACUGAGGAGAGCCAGCACAUUCGAGCGAAGGCCAAGCAAGAGAUACCCCUCCCGCACACAGUCACUGGGCAAAGCUGCCAUUUCUCCAGCCAAGCCACACAUCAGCUCUCACGCCAGCCCUGAUCCCAGCCUACAUCCAUACCGGCACAACAUUCCUAUUGGUCAUGAGCCGUGGCACCCGCCCCACCCGGCUCUCACGCCUCCAGUUUACCUGCAGCCCUCUGGACACACGCCAUCACACAGUUUCCCUCUGAGCGGUCCUGCUUCAGACCAUCAGUUCAGUGUUGAAGAGAAUGAGACUUCGUAUUCUGGCAAGAUCCACCACCAUCACCGUCGCCACACACACAGCCAGGACACGCUCUGCCACACACACACCAAGAACAAGCGUCGAGCUCCUCCCUGCCCUGCAGAUGAGUUGGACAUUUCUCAGUCUCUGCUCAAAGCUCUGGAGUCAGACAGCGAUUCUCCUCCCUGGCCUUCGCUGCACGUCAACAUGGACAAGGGAGAGGAGAAGCAGCUGUCUGAGAAGUCUCUGCACCCUCCUGCCUCUCCGGCGAUGCUCCCUGAUCAUCUUAAGUGUAACAUCCUCAAGGCCCAGAUGGAGGCGGCUUUCAGGAAGGAAGCUCCAACAACACCCAGAGGGAAGAACUUAAAUGAGACCCUCAGUGACAGGUAUCAGAGCUCGUCGCAAGACUCGGCUGCAUCCAGUCUGACCGCAGACAAGACGCCACAUCGGCAAGACCGCAACCCAACGCCAGAGAGGCUGCAGCCCAAAGCCAACGCGAGCAGCAACCGCAGGAAACGACUGGUCAGACAGUUCAGCUUUAACCAUGAAGAUGAAGAUAAUCUCCCAGAAGCACUUGCAGCCAUCUCCUCCCAGAGUACAGGAAAGUCAGGAUCGACCAGCUCAUUGGACAAACAGAUACAGCCGUCUAUAUACCCACAGGUGGAUAAUAUGCCGUCACUGGAGCUUGGUAGUCCGUGCUGUCCCUCUCCUUUGCCUUCUCCCCAUCUCUCCCCUUCUUACUACCGUAGCUCCAUCCCUCACCUGGCCCCUUACCUUGCUGCCCAUAAUGACAGCGGAGAGGAAAUGAGGUUGGACCGAGAGAAGAUACUGAGAGCCCUCCUGAUGACGGAGCUCUGAGACCUUGACCCUUGUGACAUCACCACCAGGCGCAGCAGACCUGCUGUCAAGUGAGGAAAGUAGAGGCAGAGGAGCCAAAACCGUUCGCUGCAGUCGACAUUUGUACAUUUGCAUAAAGCAUUCAGCAGUUAUAAAUAUAUAUUUGCAUAAAAGCAAUUGUUAUAUUUGCUUAAUUGUUAUUUUAGAGGGACGGUUCUUUAUAUUCAUCAAACUGAAACUGUAAAAACUGUAAGUGAGACAGAGGAAAGUGGACUCACUGACUGACUCACACACGUUACAGACAAGCUACAGAUGUGAUUGGUGCUGCCUGCAUGAUGAAUAUGUUACAUGAUGAAAUAUUUAUCUGAUUUGCUUUGGGGUUAUGUUUAACUUUUAUGUCAUCAACACGUCAACACCGUGUCCACGUUGAUGCCUAAACUGUAUUUCAGACAGCGACUGUUGAAGCACUGAUCUCUACACUUAAAACAAACAGAGGUUGAAGUGAAACUCAAUUCACUUUCAAAUCAUUUUUUUCAAAAUGUAAAUAGACAUUGUAAUUAAUAUGCUGAUAACAGAGCAGGCGUUGUAAAUGCUUUCUUCCUUACGUCCAUUUUUAAGAUGCCAAAACAUUUGCAGCAUUUGAGUAACUUCCCGAACAGAGUGAAUUUAAAGUGAAAUGAAUCCUGACUCUGUGUAGGCGAUGUUGAGACUGGACUGGUUUGAGACUGUGCAGCUGCAGUCUCAGUGCGACCACCAGAAGGAGACAAAUCUGCAGUCACAGCUGAGCACAUUGAUCCCGCGUUACAGGUCGUGGAUCACUAUUUUUCUAUAUGCAGUUUUCAUCACAGGUCAAAAUGCAAAACUGAUCUCAGACGUCCUGUUCUUGGAAAUAAGCUCUUGUUUAAGCAUAACCCUGCUGCUCAACAACUUUACUUCAACCACAUCUGAGGCGGCUGAUGAUCAGCUGCUGUACUGUAUGUGUUGAUUGUGUUGUUCCUGCCCACGGUUGGAUCUUAAUAAAGGCCACAU